AUGGACGACGACUGGCGCGAGGAUGGCAGUCUACGGGGACUAAAUGCCCGUGGCAGCAAGCAGAAUACUCGUAAAGGAAAAGGACCACAAUUCACACGCGUGAUUCCGAAAUUUUUACAGAAAUAUCAUCAGCCGCCAGCAAUUGAAGCUAAGUUUACAACAUUACCCGAGCCUGGAGGCGAGGACGAAGGACUUGAUGAGGUGCAGCAGGCAGCAAUCGACGAAUAUUUAACAGAAAAGAAGAAAAAGGAUGACAAAAACUUGGAAAAAGCUUGCAUUGGAGUAGAAGAGAAUAAUGACGACUUGAGGAAGAGGAAUGGACAGACUAUCGUUCAACUGGGCAAAGCUAAAGCUACCAAUAGAACUAAAUCCAACAAACGAAAACGGGGAGAUCAACCAACUUUGAGCAAUAAAAAGCUUCUCUCAUUUUCAAUAGAUGAUGAAUGA